AUGGUUGGAUGCACACCAUUCUGCUUGAAUUCAUCUGUGUUUUUCUACGCUGCAGUCCGUACCGAAAGAGACCAUUUGUCCAAGGUAGUUAGAGAAUCUUCUAGGCAGGACAUUCCACUAAUGCUAUCAUCUCCAUACAAAAAAAGUAAUCACUGCCUUUUACAGAACGGACAUGUUGCAGUCUUCUUUAUCGUGGGUGCCCCAAAGACAGCCUGGAACAUGUUAAAACUGCUUAGGGAGCAGCAAAGCUAUGGAGAUUUGAUCGUUACAGAUAUAGAGGAAUCAUACGAAAACUUGGUAUUCAAAGUCAAUGCAGCGAUGAGGUUCUUUCUGACAUGUUGCUUCAGGACAGGUUUUAUGAUGAAAAUUGAUGACGACGUUGUCAUUAACUUUGAUCGUAUGUUGGCGCACUGGAUCGAAGCCGAACGCGAUAAAAAUAAAAUAUAUUGCCAGGUUUGGUCAGGAAUUAAGCCGGACCGUGAUCCAACCAGGAAAUGGCACAUUCCACACGAAAUAUAUGAAGAAGAAACGUAUCCUAACUACUGCGAUGGACCUAUUUACUUGAUAGGAAGAAGUGCUCUAUGUGAAAUUCUCAGCUCAGCGGAGCGAUGUUACGAACCGUUUCCCUUAGAAGACGUAUUCUACACCGGCAUUUUAGCAUCCGAGGCCGAUAUUCCAAGGAUCGACUGGCGAUAUAAAAUUUAUAGUGUAGACGAGCAUUCAUGGGAUCGAAAAAUCGCUUGUGACGAUCAGCGUAAUCCUAUUACUUUCGCCAUAUCGUCAUUCAAAUCGACCGAAAACUUGGUUGCAGCAUUCCAAACCCUCAGUUCCUUCGAGUGUGCAGGUGGAUAA